AUGACGACUCGACCGCCCUACGUCGCGACGCUGCUGGACCGGCCACUCCCCACGCUGCACCUGUCGAGCCUGAGCGCCUCGUCGAACCCGCCCUACGAUGCGCAGGUGCAAGCGUCGAUCUCGGACGGGCGACACCACCCGCUGCUCGAGGUGACGCUGCACCUGCUCAACUCGGAUCUCUUUUCGGCCCACUUCCUCGUGCGCAAGAUGGAAAAGCAGGACGUGGCAAAGUGGCUCCACUCGUUCCUCCACGCCGUCGAGGGCGACCUGCGCAACGCCCGGUGCUGGAUCCGCGAUACUCCCCCCGACGUACUCGCCAUCACCGUCGACGACCCCGAGCGAGAGGCAGGGAGACAGGAGGGCCACGACAAUGACAGGGAGAAGAGGCAAGAGUACCGCCGCAUCGACGUCUACGCCUUUCUAAAGGGCAUGACGCCGCAAGAGGUCACGGCAGACCGGCAGGCACGGACCGAGAGCGACGAGGGGCUCCGGAAGCAGCGCUGGCACCAGCUGGUCAAUAUGCUGCACCACCUCGAACGGCGGUACGGCUACCAGCCCUACGACGGCACCGUCGCCUACGACUCCAAAGAGGAAAAGCAGCACACCACGACCAUGGUCCUCGGCGAAGGGUGGCGGCGCUUCUGA